AGAGAGAGAGAGAGAGAGAGAGAGAAGAGAAGAGAAGAGAGGAAGCGGUUGGCUGCGUGCAUUAGUAGUUUACCACUUUGAGCAUGUAUCAUAUCUUUUUAUUACUGUUUUUUAACAUCAGCCUUUAGGGAAAACACACAUUUUCUUCAUCAUUGCUGCAUUAUCCCCCUCUCUCUGUACACUCUUUACUUAAAUGAAGAGGAAGCCAAGAGAAAGAGAACAGCACAUGAGAACAGGAAGGGAAGGGUUGUGACUUUCUUGUGUUGUGUUUCUUUCAUGGUCACUGCAAAGCGUGUAAAGGAGACAGUGGAAUUACAGAAAGAAGACAGAAGGGAGCUCUUUAAUGCAAACAGGACACAGCCAAUUCACUGUUGAAUCCAAGUCGGAUCAGACAGCAAAAAGAGGGAUGACUCAAGCAAAACACAAGGACAUCUACAAAUUGCUAAGUCUAUAGAUUACUGCACAUGACUAAAUAAAAUCACUUGGGCCCAUAUUGCGUAGUCAGUGACUCAACUAGAGUGGUAAUAGAUGGACAAUAGAUCGAUGCAACUUAGAUGCACAAAGUGAGAACUGUGCCUGCAAAUAUGUAAAUAUGCAGUGGGUUUCAGUCUCUGGCAAUAUUUUUGAGUGUGUACAUUUAAAAUAUAAUAUUUAAUAAUAAAAUGAAAGAAUCUCAGAACCAAUAAUCCCAAUAUUUUGAUCAGGCAGAAGGAAUCGGCUUCUGGUUUUCAUUGACUACUCCUGGAUUCAACAUUAACAUUGACAAUCACCAUGUCGGUGCUACUUGUACUGACCAUCCUCAUACCCUCCAUCACAUGCUCUCCUCUCCUUGCCCAAACACCCUUUACCUCCUCAGACUAUGAUUUAAAUCCAACCAAGGAACAGCCGGGAAGUCCAGGCAUGACACUUGAAAGGAAGGCCCAGCCUUCUCCAAGCUUCACUUCAAGUCCUCUCAAAAACUUUAGCACAUUCCCUCCUCAACCCUCAAAUGUACGUAAAACUACCGCAGUGCAAACUCUUAAAAACACUGCAAUAACUGUUGCUGAACCAAUGGCAGAAUCCAUUCUUGAAACUACUAUAGUGGCCAUUUUGAAAACUACGGAAGUACCCAGUAUUGAAACUGAUUCAGAGCCCGCUUUUGAAACUCCUCUGCCCAAUCUUGAAACUGUUACCUCUGCCAUUCACCAAACAUCAGGAGUUACCCUGCCUCAAAUUCCAGUUCAGACCAGUCACCAUGGAAGUACACUGAUCUCUACACAAGCAACAACCCCAGAAACAUUCAUUUCCAGCUCUACAUCCCAAACUAGCCAAAGCACAACAAACUCCAUCAUUCCAGAAUUUGCCCAGACCACUCUCUCAAAGCCAAAUUCAGACUCAAAGUCUAGCCCCGCUGUUGCUUCUGCUACACCCAGAGAUACGUCUAAUGGCAGUUCAAAGACAAAUGGGUUUGGGAAAGUAAUUAUAAUUAUCGUUCUAUCGCUGGUCUGUAUUAGUGGGAUCAUCUUUUUGUGCAUGUUAUUCAACAAACGGAAGAAGACAAGAUCUGAAAACUUCAACUCCAGCUUCAGAAAUGGAGGGAGUAGUAAAUCCAAGAGGAAGAAAGCUACAGAGGAUGAAGCCUGGUUUGGGCCUGUGGCUUUUAAAGGAGAAGAGGAGGUUGAGGCAGGGGGGGAGGGGAGGAAGGAAGUAGAUGGAAAGAGCGAGGGAGAAGGGGUGCAGGUAGUGCUAAGCACUUUUAUGGCAAAGGAGGGGGAGAAGGAUGGGGUGAAUGGAGGCUGUAUAGAAGUGAUGAAGGAUACAAAGAAAGAGGAGGAGGUACCCCUGAUGGUCAUGGACGAGGAUGUGGAGAAGACAGAUGUGGAGGUCACUUCUUCAACUUCCAUGUCUUCUUCCCUUCCUCCUGCACUUUCUGAGACUGACGCAGGUGAGCAGAAUGGGAGCGCAGCUUUUUGUCUGACAUCUGCUGUAUGAGGGGUAAAAUGGAUUUGUUGUUUCCUUAUCAGUCUCUUUCAAAUUGUGAAUGUCUGAUUAGUCCGGCAAAAUUUAGAACUGCAGCAAUUAUACCGAUAAUGACUUUGAGUUUGGAGAAAGCAUGUACAGUAGUCAGGGGUCAGAAGUUAAAACAUAAGAUUGAGACAUAGCAUUGUUUUUGCAAACCAGUGUAUUUGUAAUACUCAAAUCCAUUGUACUUUGCUUUUAUAGAACAUAAUAUGGUGAACUAUCCUGAUUUGAAUAAGUUGUCCAACAAUGCUUAUGAAUAGUUGACUCCAAUAUAUGAUCAAAUUACUUUCUUUUCAUUAUUUGUAUAAAAUAUGUAGCUCCUCAUGCCAAAUGUGUACUUAAUUCAUAAUUUGAUCAAUUAUUAUCAUGCACAGUGCACAGUAUUGUUAUUCAGGCAUGGUGUGGGAGUGUCAAGUACCAUGUGCUGAUGAAUGAAAAACAUGUGUAAGCUACACAUCACAUCGAUUUGAGCAUACAGUCAUGCAUAGAAUUUGAUUUUUGAUAGUGUAGUGGUUAAGGUGCAUGACUGGGACCUGCUCGGUCAGUGGUUCGAGCCUUGGUGUAGCCACAAUAAGAUCCGCACAGCUGUUGGGCCCUUGAGCAAGGCCCUUAACCCUGCAUUGCUCCAGGGGAGGAUUGUCUCCUGCUUAGUCUGUAAUCAACUGUAUGUCGCUCUGGAUAAAUGCAUCUGCCAAAUGCCAUUAAUGUAAUGUAAUGUGAUGACUUUGUGUUUGCUUCCUUUUUCUACAAGCCUUAUUUUAUCUUUUGAUUUGUUUCAAAAUACUAUUGGAUUAGCUCGGCCAGACACAUUUCAAAAUCUUAGGAGCACAGAAAUAUGGCUACUGACAAAGAUCUAAACGUACUUUUUUUUGCCUAUUGUUCAUUGUAAAUAUUUGACAUUUGAUAUUUAGAUUGAAUUGCAAGCAUAGCUACAUCACAAGAAUAGCAAUGUUUGUAUUUUUUAUAAGUUGGAAUUUUUGGUAAUCGGUUUAAAAUAUUAUUUUUUCCUCUAUAUGUUUGACUAAUAACAAUAUGAAGUAUUUUUAUAAGUAGGUUAAGUCAUAUUAUCUAAUAAAUACAUUUCAGAAACCUA